AUGGUCUCCAAGGUGAUUUUGCAGAAAAGGCUCUUCAGGUUCUUGCAACUGUCACCAUCCUUCUUAUGCUCCUUUUUAUCUUCGUCUUCUAUUAAUGGGUCUCCAUUCCAUUCUGUGAAAGCAACCGAAAUAUUGGGUCAUUCAACUUCUUUUAGAAGCUUCUGCUCCCAAAAGUCCAAUCUUAGUGUUGAAUCUCAUGGCCCCGCACCUAUUGAUUACAGUUCGCUACUGCAGGAGGCUGAAUUCCAUAGACUGGCUGAGUCCACAAUACAAGGCCUUCAAGAGAAAUUUGAGGAUUAUGGAGACUCUAUUGACCUUGAUGGAUUUGACAUAGACUAUGGGAAUGAUGUUUUGACUGUCAAACUCGGAGAUCUGGGCACCUAUGUAUUGAACAAACAGACACCAAAUAGACAACUUUGGCUGUCUUCGCCAGUGAGUGGUCCGUCUAGGUUUGAUUGGGAUCAGGAUACUAAAGCUUGGAUUUAUAGGCGGAACAAAGCAAAGUUAUAUAAAAUUUUAGAAGAUGAGUUGGAGCAGCUGUGUGGCAAACCUAUUGUUCUUACCUAA